UGUGUAUCUCAUGGAGCUGCACAUUUUGAGUGGUGAAAGGUCAAGGUCAUCAUUCAAGGUCAAAGGUCAAAUAUAUAGCUUCAAAGCAGCGCAAAAGGGGACAUAGUGUUUCUGACAAACACAUAUCUUGUUUUAAAUUUUAUUUUUAAUCAUUUUUUAAUUUUUUAGUAAAAUUCAAUAGCUUAAAAGAUUGAUGCCAGUUGUUACCUAAUAUGGAUGAACAGUUCACUAUGGAUGGAUGAUGUUCAGUUAAUAUUUUUAAAUUCAACUUAAUUCAUAGGGCAAGAGGCCCAUUAUAAACAUAUUCAAUGUAGCACAAGACUUUGUCACAUAAUUUGUAAAUCUAAAUUGAAUGUGUGUAAAAGUGUGUUUUAGAUUUAAAAAAAAAAUAGGUGUUGAAAAACAAUUGUUCGAAAGUGUGCAGAACUUUAAGUGAGGGUCCGAGAUUUGCAACAGGAGUGGGAUGGGGGUUUAAAAAUGGUCAAAAAUGUGUGCCAUACUUUAAGGGAGUGUCAGAGAUUUGCAACAGGUGGAAGGAGUGUGGUGGAGUUCAAAAAUGGUAAAAAAUAGUGCGACAUGCUUUAUAGACGGCCCCACACAAUAAGAGGAACAUUUGAUUUUAUAGUUAUAGUUUUAUAAUGUUUGCAGCUGUCACCUUCUGUUUGUUUUUAAUAACAUAUUGUUUAUUAAAUGUACUCUUUCAGAUCAAAUGAGCAUCAGAGCAUAAGACAUGUUUACUGAAGACAAUAUUAUGUCUGUGUGUUUGAUGUCAGUGGCUCUCCUACUGGGAACCAUUUCAAUACACGGAGAAGAAUUUAAUGCUAAUAUGGAGGACACAGCAGUGUGCACCAUACUUGAGCCAAGAACCGUCCGGCAGGUGGAUGUAUAUAACAUCUUUGCACAACCAUCACAGCUUACUAUGGGUACCAGGGACCGCUGUACUCUAAAAUUCCUAGGAGAAGGUGGUCGCAAGUUCAAGUUCUUUAUGAGAGAUCUACAGUUCAUGGAAUGUGGCACAGAGAUUAGAAUUUAUCAAGACUGGGCCCUCAACAAUCCAUGGCAACGGUUUGGAUGUAACAGUCCAUGGGGCGAAGUCUUCACAUCGUUCUCUGAUAAAGUUGCAGUCAGUCUGGAGAAGGCAGAUGCAAGAGCUACUGGCUAUAAGUUCUACAUUAGAGUGGCCACUGAAGAUGGUCCUGAUAUUUCAGUCCCAGGACCCAAAGGUGGGGCUGUAGGGCAAACCAUGAGUGCUGGCGUUACUGCAGGCAUCGUUGUGGCGUGUCUUCUUGUUUCCAUUGUGAUUGUUGCCGUGGUUGUGUACUGUGUUAUCGUACGACGGAACAAAGAUGAGGCACACAUGGCAAAGGCUCAUUCCAUGAAAAACCUCCUUACCUCUAGCAGUAAAUCCAACACUGGGGGUAGUAGUGUUCAUAGCAGUGUUCACAAUAGUGUUCACAGCAGCAAGCCAAGCACAGCAUUCACAUACCCCUCGUUCCACUCUACAAUCACUGCCAAGCACGCAGCAUGCAACUCUAUUGAGACCAAGAGUCACGACAGUGUUGACACUGGUCCACCAAAACCCAUAAAAAGUGUGAAACAUGAGUUUGAUACCAUGAAAAAGGGCUUGGAAAGGGAUAGUGUUAGGGAAGCCAGGGAGCAGGAGAAGGAUCGGGCUUGGAGACAGGCACAAGCUGAAGCCCAGCACAUGGACCGGCAGAGUAGAAAUGAGCCCAGUCGCGGACUGGGUCGAUCAAACAGAAAUCCCUCAGGUCUUACUAAUACAAAUAUCAAGAAUUCUCUUCGACAGGCGAGGGACAAGGGCCGCAGUUUGAGUGACAGAAAUGUAAAUAGGUCAUCAACAAGGUCAAGGUCGACUCAUAAAUCUCGGCAUAGAGACGACAGAGAUGAUGAUCGUUCAGAGCGCGCCUAUUCAGAUUUCACCGGUAGUUAUUCAUACAAAUAUAACGAGAAUGCAGACAGGAGUAGAAACAGGACUAAAAGCACAUCAUCUCAAAGAGGUCAAAGAUCAGCUUCAUCUGGGUCAAUGUCACGGCGACACAGGGAUUAUUAUGAUGAUUAUGACAAUUAUAGUGAUUAUGAUGAUAGACGAAGAGGUGAACGGCAUGACAGUGUAGGUCGAAAGUCCGGUACACAAAGGUCAAGGUCACAUUCUCAAUCAAACGGUAGAAGACCUAGACAGAGUUCAUAAUAUAUAAUAAACCAUGUAAAUACU